AAAAACAGAAGGCUGAAUCCAAGGCCGAGAUUGAAAAAUUGAAAACCGAAUUCGAAUCAAAAAUGAUUUCACCCAAAGAUCAUGAACAAAUACAUGAAUUUUAUGCAGAUCAGGGAGAUCCUAGAUGGUUAAAUCUUUCUAGAGAGGAAGCACUACAAUGGUUAGAUAAAGCUUUUCCUCCACCUAUAGCAAGUAAACCAGAACAAUUACGUUCAUCAAAUCAAAAUGCCAAAAUAGAUAGAAUAGAGUUGAAAGUAGAUGAAAUCGGUCAAAUGACAUCUCAAUUCGGGAGGAUGAUGCUUGAUAACAAAAAACCC